AUGGCAGUGCCGAGAAACUCUUUACGGGGCUUUCUUACAAACGCGAGAGGCGCUCUCCGGAGCGCCAUUGAAACCAAUCAGAAGAUUACAUUCGUCAUUGGCAAUGAGUCUGCGGACCUUGAUUCGAUGUCAUGUUCAAUUCUAUACGCGUACAUUCGGUCUAUGUCGCCGCCCAAAAAUGCCUUUAGCCCACUUUACGUGCCAAUCACGAAUAUUCCAGCUUCUGAUAUUCAGCUAAGGCCGGAGUAUCUUGCCGUGUUCAAACACGCCAAUAUUGAGUCCAAGCACUUGAUCACGCUUGAUGACCUACCCGCCCUAUCCGACAUACAGUCGAAGCUUGCACCUGAGAACACUAGAUGGAUUCUGGUAGACCACAAUGCUCUUCAGGGUCAACUAGGCAAGAUCUAUGCGGAGCGCGUCGCUGGCGUCAUUGACCAUCAUGAUGAUGAAAACAAAGUCCCAGAAGACACAGGUGAGGAGCCGAGGAUUAUCGAGAAGAGUGGUAGCUGCACUAGCUUAAUCACAAACUACUGCCAGCCAUCAUGGGACAUGGCUUCUGCGUCUGCCCUAUCUUCUGGGGCAGCCCAUGCGCAGGGUGACAGCAUGGCCAACGAUGCUGCCUUUGUUAAACGCUGGGAUGCGGAUGUCGCCCAGUUAGGAUUGGCUAGUAUUCUUAUUGAUACGGCUGAUCUCAACGACGAGAAUAAGACGACCGAGCAUGACCGUAAGGCUGUCGAGUACUUAGAAGCUAAGAUUAUGCUUUGCCCCCAGCUGGCGACAAGCUUCGACCGAACCAGCUUCUACAGGGAGAUCAAUGCAGCAAAGAAGGACAUUGGAGGUCUAAAGCUGCAAGACAUACUUCGGAAAGAUUACAAGCAGUGGGACCAGGGUAGACAGAAGCUCGGCGUGAGCUCCGUUGUCAAGCCUAUCGAGUUCCUCCAGAACAAGGCUGGCGACGAAGCAAGCGCUCAGGCAUCCGAGGCAUUUCUUAAAGCGUUAAAGGAUUUUGCAGCGGACCGUCAGUUGGACAUGUAUUCCCUGAUGACCACAUCCACAGGUUCAGGUGGUAGUUUCCAGAGAGAGCUGUUACUAUGGGCCUUCAACGACGGCGCCGUGUCAGCUGCCAAAAGCUUUGCCACGAAUUCAAGAGAUGAAUUGGGACUGGAGGAGUGGCAGGGUUCCGACGACAUUGACAGCAAGAGCGAGUGGAGAAAGAUUUGGUGGCAACGACGAGUGCAGCACAGUCGGAAACGUGUCGCACCUCUACUCAGGGAAGCCAUGACUUGA